CUGAGAUUGUUAGCCCAAAAUAGUCUUUCUUGAAGAUAGUGAAGUUGGCCACUUCAAAACCCUUUUAAUAAAUAAGAUUGAACCAGUGUCUUUUUUCUUCUUCUUCUCUUUUAGCAACCUUGGAUCUCUAGAGCCUUUAUAAGGUUAUUUUUCCACUUUUGGAUGUUUUGACAUUUGCCAAAAGGCAAACCUUUACAAAAGCCUAAGGAGCAUAGCACAACACUAUAAUCAUAUAGCAUUUAAUCACUGGAGUGUUAGUCAAAAAGAAAAAGCCUCAUUAGUCAAAACCCUUCAUUCUUUACUCUCCAUAAGUGCUUUUAGUUUGGUUAUCUUUUUGCACAGUUCCAUUAACAGUUCUGUUUAAGUUUUAAGCUUUAUUUAGUUGCAAUCAAACUGAAAGGGAACUUUUAUUUUGUAUUCUGAAAUGCAACAAGAGUACAAGACAAGUCAAGUGUAGUGAAGAUUCUGGAAUGGGGCUUGAAGGUUUAAUUCCAAGGCACAAACGUUCAAAGAGCUUUCCUGAUAAGAAAACAGUUGUGGAGGAUAAUAGUCCAUAUAGCAUUGAGACUUCAGAUCAAACAAAGCUGGAUUCAGGUUACGUCACAGAAUGCAGCGAAGCUCGGAAAAAACAAACGCCUAUGAAUAAUGUUCGACAUACUCUGAAGCAAGAGAUUCUUCAAUUGGAGAAAAGACUCGAAGACCAGUUUAAGGUCCGGUGCACGUUAGAGAAGGCACUUGGAUACAGACCUAUGUCUCUUGUUAAUACAAAUGACAUGACAGUACCCAAGCCAACAAUGGAAUUAAUUAAAGAAAUUGCAGUUUUAGAGUUAGAAGUUGUAUAUUUGGAACAACAUCUUCUGUCCUUGUACCGUAAAGCAUUCGAACAACAACUAACCCCCGUGACACCAUCUACCAUGAGCGAAAGCGAAAAGUCUCCUCAGCUAACAACACCUAUAACAAGAUUCCUUGAAGUUUCUACACCUGAGGUCUUAACCAAAAGAGGAUGUUCUGCUAUACAAUGUUUUGAUCAUGAGCUUCAUACUCUUCAAGAGGAAUGUAAUGGAUAUGAAAUUGAGACUCCCGAGAAAGAACACAGUGCAAAUCAUCCAGAUGAAAAGCAUUUAGAUUCUGGUGUACAUCGUUGUCAGUCCUCGUUAUCCCAAUAUUCAGCAUUUACAGCAAGAAUAUCACCUCCAGAAGAAGUUUCGACCGAAUCUCUACGCGCCUGUCAUUCCCAACCCUUGUCCACGAUGGAGUUCGUCGAAAAUGUUGACGCUUCAGCAAAAAUAAUCAGUCUAGCAGAACAUCUCGGUACCCGAAUAUCCGAUCAUAUUCCGGAGACAGCUAAUAGGCUUUCUGAGGAUAUGGUUAAAUGUAUAUCAGCUAUAUAUUAUAAACUUGCUGACCCACCGGUAACAAAUCCCAGCCUUUCGUCUCCGAGUUCUUCAACAAGUGCCUUUUCUAUUGGAGAUCAAGGAGACAUGUGGAGUCCUGGGUUCAAGAAUAAUUCCUCUUUUGAUGUACAGUUAGAAAAUCCUUUUCAUGUUGAAGGACUCAAGGAGUUUAGUGGCCCUUAUAGCGCCAUGGUUGAGGUAUCAUGGAUUUAUAAAGAGAAUCAGAAAUUGGGUGAUACAGAGAAGUUGCUCCAGAAUUUCAGGUCACUUAUUUGUCAACUAGAAGAAGUAAAUCCUGCAAAGCUGAAACACGAUGAGAAGCUAGCUUUUUGGAUCAAUGUACACAAUGCUUUAGUGAUGCAUGCUUUUUUAGCUUAUGGAAUUCCACAAAACAAUGUGAAAAGAGUCUUUCUUCUGUUAAAGGCUGCAUAUAAUAUCGGUGGUCAUACAGUCAGUGCAGACACAAUACAGAAUACUAUACUCGGGUGUCGAAUGUCUCGUCCUGCACAGUGGUUCCGCGUGUUCUUUUCUUCGAAGAUGAAAUUCAAAGCUGGAGAUGGACGACAAGCAUAUGCAAUUGAGCAGCCUGAGCCUCUUCUACACUUUGCACUUUGUUCAGGAAACCACUCUGAUCCGGCGGUACGCAUAUAUACCCCGAAGAGAGUGUUUCAAGAACUAGAAGUUGCAAAGGAAGAGUACAUUAGAGCCACCUUCGGCAUACGCAAAGACCAGAAAAUACUUCUACCUAAGAUUGUAGAUUCAUUCUCCAAGGAUUCGGGUUUGUGCCAUGCUGAUGUUAUAGAGAUGAUCCAACAUUCUCUACCUGAAUCCCUGAGAAAGAGUGUUAAGAAAUUUCAUCUUGCAAAAUCUGCGAAGAGCAUUGAAUGGAUUCCGCACAACUUUACUUUCCGAUAUCUCCUACCUAAGGAGCUGGUAAAAUAAUUAUUUGGUAGCUCAAUUGUUAUGUAUUCUUUUGUACAAAAUUGACAAGGUAGAAACAACAGACUGUUUGCUUUGUAAAAAUAUUUUCUAUUUUCAUUUCAUAAAACCUAUGUUAAUUUUAUUUGUUAACAAAGAUGUGAGACUCAUGAAGUGAUCUAUAUAUUUGUAUUUUCAGAAACAAUGAGAAGGCCAAAUAAUUAUUUUCAUUAUUUUUAAAAAUGCAUCAUCUUUAGCUAGCAUUUAAUCUUCUCUCUACCACAAUGAUCCACUUCACGAGUCUCACAAGAUAAAAUUAACACAAGUUUUAAGAAAUGACUUAGUAAACGGGCUCUAAUAUUGAUUGCAAUGUGUAGUAGUAGUAUUUUGCAUCUGUAAUAUGUCUUGCCAUGUUAUUUUAUUGUAGUAUAUGUAACUGUUGUAGUCUAUGAGAAGAGUUGAAAUUCUGCUAUAAGCAGUGUAAAUAAUUUGUUGUUACAAUCAAAUCAAUUGGAUUUCUUUGCUCUUCAA